AUGUCGAUACUCUCAAACUCAGUUACCUUGACAGCAUUUACUACUACGGACGGUCUCAACUUUAAGAUUGCGUUCCUAAACAACAGUGACAUGGACUAUGUCCUCGACGACAUAGCGUUAUCUGACUUAAAAAUAUCCCGAGUCUGGGGAUUAAAUGAUGUCAACACGAUUCCAGUUUCUGGAAGAGUGUGGGCUGAUGGGCUUCAGAAGCUUGAUUAUGCGGUCAGUGGUGCUGAGUCGCGAGGAGUCAAGCUGAUCAUCAACAUUGUCAACAAUUGGGAUAACUAUAGAGGGAUGAAUGCCUACGUCGUUGCUUAUGGGGGAACCUUAACGGGCUGGUACAACAACACUCAAAUCCAAGCGGCUUACCAGACGUACAUCAAAGUUGUAAUCGAUCGAUAUAGUACGUCAUCCAUUAAGUCCCUGGACUUUGAGCACAUGGCCACCAUCAGCGAUGUGGGCUUUGGCUUUACGAAUGGAUCCGAUGGUUCAUAUCCGUAUACAUUUGGGGAAGGACUCGACUUUGUGACAAAUUUGUGUAUUCCCACAAUUAAUUUUGACACUUUCCAUCUAUAUACUAAUAGCUGGGGUGAAGCAUUGCCUUGGGGUAGAAGUUGGGUGUCAACUCAUGGCGCCGCUUGUGCAGCGAUAGGAAAGCCGUGCGUUCUCGAAGAAUUUGGAGUAACUUAUGAUCAGUGCACAUACGAGGCCCAAUGGCAGGCUACGGCCCUAAACACCUCAGGUAGCGCGGCCAACAUGUUCUGGCAGUACGAGUCCCCGAACAACGGUAACACAAUAUACUAUAGCAUUAACACAUACACUUGCAUUGUCAUGAACCACAUCAAACAUCAAAGCAAUUGGACAACUGGAAAUAACUAUUUGCCGCACUGGCUGAUGAGACUGUUUGUAUAUGAUCAUCUGACUCAUGUUUGA